CACUACGUGUGCCCACAACGCACGUCCGUCGCGGCCGUUGACAUAAAUACGGGUCAUUGAUUUGCAUAAUAAACAUAGCUUGUAUUACAAAAAGUGAAACUUCUAACAAUAUAAAUGGUAUUUUGUAUGUGAUAUUUAUUCAUUUGGAUUUUAAGGUCACAGAAAUGGAAGCGCUACGGUUUAGAACCGUGGUUUCUUUCGCCACUAACCACGGGAAAAAUCUUAUUUGUUGUAAAAAUGUAAACCCCCGUCCGUUGCUGUCAUGCGUUCCUGUGGCUGUGGUGGGGGUAAAUCGAAAUGCGCACACGCAGAAUAUCUUUCAGAACAUGACGUACAUAAGCAAUGAUAAAGUGAAGUUAAAAGCGGAUCCUAAAACUAUGAAACUAAACCAAAACAUAGACAAGCCACUAUGCAUAAUAAUGAACUGGAUGAUGGCGAAACCUAACCACGUGCAGAAAUAUGCCAAGCUGUACUUAGACCAUGGGUUCGACGUGGUCUCCGUGACAUGUACACCUUGGCAACUUAUGUGGCCAGCUAAAGGAUCUCAGGUGUUAGCGAAAAGCUUGCUGCGGUUCAUGGAAGCGAACACUCAGAACCCGCUGGUGGUGCACGGGUUUUCCGUCGGCGCGUACGUCUGGGCUGAGCUGCUCGUGCACGCAGUCAAAAAUAAACAGCAAUACCAGCCAGUAUUAGAUCGCAUAGCGUCCCAGGUGUGGGACUCCGGGGCUGAUAUCCACGAGAUUCCCGUCGGCUUCCCGAGCGCCGUGUUCCCGAAGAACAAGGUCUUGCAGGAGAUCUUCAGAACUUAUAUCAAGACCCACAUGAAAGUAUUCCACAACGUAGCGACGAAGCACUAUAUGAAAGCAACCGCAGUGUUUCACGAGACGCCCUGCAGAGCUCCCGGGCUGUUCCUCGUUUCCAAGACUGAUCUGGUCGGCGCUGAAAAGAGGAGCAGGAGUGUUCACGAUUCUUGGGUUAGGAGUGGGAUGAAGUGCAACUUUAAAUGCUGGGACAAGUCGCCGCACGUGCUUCACUACAUCUACCAUCCAGAAGAGUACAAACAAGUUCUUUAUUCACAUCUUGAACAGUGUAGACUGCUGAAAUCUUAGUCAUACAGAAGUAACUAUUAAGGUAGUCUGUGGUCAUACUAUUGAUACGGUGAACUGGUUACUAUCUAUAUAGUCCAUACUAAUUAUUAUAGAGAGGUUUUUAUUUAUUUGUAAAGGCUCCGAAACUACUUAUAAUCGAUUUGAAAAAUAUCACUGUUGAGGUUUGGAAAUUUAUUUCAUAGUGAUAAUUCAUAGGACAAUGAUGCAUUGAAAAUUAAGUUACCAAUAUAAAAAGUAAGGCAAAAAGUUUUCUAACCAAAACUUCAACGCAUGACGACUUUCGAGCUGGACAUCAUAUGUAUUUACAUGAUCACUUAAAUACUUCCUACUUAACACCAAUGCAUUUACUUUUUGUUUUAAAAUGCCGAAUAACUUUGGUUAGUAGUAUUUGUAAGAUAGUCAUAAUAUUACAUUUGAUUUAAAUAUGCGUUUUUGUUAAGGGGCAUUUUUAGCUAAAUAAUGUUUGUCAGUAUUUACACAUAACUAGCAAUAUUUGCCAGUAAUUUUUCGAAGAUCUGAAAACUACUUCUUAAUGUUAUCAUCUUUAAACAAUAUAUAAGCAUAAUUACAACCUGGUUAAUAUAUUGUUAAUAA